CUAACUCGAUGAUUAAUGAUUAUUUCCAACUAAACGCAAACUGUCAAAUGUAGCUAAACUGUCAACACGAAAAAUUCCAAUUUAAGUCCUGCUUUUUGACAUUUAUCUUGAGAGAAAUAUCUUCAAAUAUAAAAAGAAAAUGGAUACAACAACUGACGUUGCUGAUAAUGUUCAAGUGAAGGUGGAAUCUUCGACCGAUGCCGAUGAUAAUAAUUCGCUUAAAGAAAACCAACGUAAUAAUUCGAAUAUCAACCAAAACCGGCGUGGCCGAGGGAAUUUUAGAGGGGGUCGAAGGCAACCGUUUGGGCAGGGAGAAAAUUCUAAAAAUGCAAGAGCCAGAGGCAAAAAAUCCUUCGACAAUCAGAGCCAGGAAGAUAGAGCUUCGAUGGAUGGGCGCAUGCCUAGAAACCAACCUCGGUUACCAGAUGAAAAAUUUAACGAAAGAGCUGCCCAACUAUCUGGCAGCACGUACGAUUUGCCUCCAAUAGAUACGUCCGAGAGAAAAUUCAACGGAAGAAAUAGAUUAUACAUUGGAAAUAUAGGCGCAGAAAUCACGGAAAAAGAUCUCGAAGAUCUGUUCGCGAAAUACGGCGAAUGCGCGGAGACGUUCAUCAACAAAGAAAAAAAUUUCGGUUUUAUCAAACUCGAUUACCAUUGCAACGCCGAAAAGGCGAAAAAAGAACUGGACGGCACUGUUUUAAAGUCGAGAAAUUUGAAAAUACGCUUCGCUCCCAAUAGCGCCUCUAUUAAAAUUAAAAAUCUGACGCAGUUUGUGUCGAAUGAGCUUUUGUUGUACGCUUUUUCUAUUUUCGGAGAGAUUGAAAGAGCCAUAGUAUGCGUAGACGAACGCGGCAGACCGACUGGUGAAGGGGUAAUCGAUUUUUCCAGAAGAGGAUCAGCGCUGGCUGCGAUAAGAAAGUGCGCAGACAGCUGUUUCUUUCUCACUACGUCUCUGCGUCCAUGCAUCGUAGAACUUUACGAAGCUGCCGACAACGCCGAUGGUUAUUGCGAAAAAAGUAUUAACAGAAAAAGCUUAGAGUACCAAAACGAAAGGGAGCGGGGGCCGAGAUUCGCCGGCAGAGGCAGUUUCGAGGAAGAUUACGGCACGCGCUGGAAGAAAUUGUUCGAUAUGCAUUGCCAAAAAGAAGAGGCCCUAAAGAAGGAAUUGCAUUUGGAGAUUGAAAAGUUGUCGGCACAAAUGGAGUACGCCAGAUACGAACACGAAACGGAACUAUUGAGAAAUCGAUUGAAGGAACGCGAAUUGGCUAAAGAGAAGCAGAAGAGAGAAUGGGAAAUGAGAGAGAGAUUGGUCGAACAAGAACGUAUACGUACGGAAGAAAUGAUGCGAAAGUCUCAAGAAGAAAUGGAUACUUGGGCUAGAAGACAGCAGGAAGAAUCUAGCAGAAGGCAAGAUGAAAAUGAACUGUUUUUGCAGGCUCAAAGUUUGGAUUCUCUGUUGGAUUAUCAGGAAACCGGAUACGGUACUCCUAACCAAGGCUUCCAAAACGAACAACCCGUCAGAGAUUCGACUUUGUUCCUCAGUUCUUAUGAACGACCGACCGUAUCGAGAUAUCCAGCGGAAAAUGGCGGCGUGUGGGUCACCGACACUCGACAGAAAAGAAGAAAACAUUGACGUUCUCAAUUAUCUUUAUCGAAUAAGUUAUUUAUCUACUUUAACGUUGUUUGGUCUGUUGCAUCACCUAGUUGACAAAUUGAUAGAUGACGGAUGACGUUUGAAGUGACGGUUUGUCAACCGAUUGGUGUUCGUUUGAUAAAUGUUUUUACUUUAUUUUAUUGCUGAAUUUUGUUAAAUAUCGAGAAUAAAUAUCGUUAGGAAC